GUUUUCACAUAAGAUACCUGCAACUCUAAAACAUAUCUAAAUGGUGUUAUGUUUACUAUGUGAUUCAAGAUGGGAUCUAAAUGCUGCAAAAUGCUAUAUGUCAUAGUGAUUAUUGGAAGUUUUCUUUUUCUCUCAGCCUAUGUAGCUACUGAUGGUGUUAUACCUGCUGCAUGUUCUGGUGCAAAAAUAGCAGGAGAAUGUGGACCAACUGAACUACUAAAGCUUACAAGUUACAUCCAAGGGUCAAAUAACAGUACCACUUGUAAUGCCAAUGAUGAGAAUGAUUGUAGAGACAAGGAGUGUGAAACAAGAAAAUUCUAUGCAGGCUUCCUCAGCCAAAAUAUGAGUACCUUUUCUGGAAAAGUUCCAGACUUCGAUACUAUAUGUAAACUGAGAAGCAAAUACAUUUCAUUGAAGUAUCACUGUAUACCAGGUAAUCAAAUCAUGAGACUAUGUGAAAGCAAGACUAUCACAGCUAAUGAAAUACACAUCUUGA